GCGCAGGGUAAGGCGGGGAGCUGGCCCCGCGUUUGCGCUGCGCGGCGCCUUGCGGGCCGGGGGAAGCCACUCGCUGGAGCUGGUGUGGCAGCCGCGGGAGGCGUGUGUCUCCAGGCUGUCGCCUGUGCCGGAGGCCGCCCCAGCCCUGCGUGACUCACGGCGGCCGGGCUCGGCGCUCGGUGCUCGCGGCGCGGGAUUUCCAGCGCAGCCAGGCGGAGCGGAGCCCGAUGCGGUGGAUGGCUGCGUGGCUGCUGGAGAAGCGGAGGCGGCGGCGGUGCCUGACCCAGCCGCCCUCCCUGGCCCCCAGCAGGGACAUGGCCGCAUGCUGAGCACUGCCCGGCGGCGGCCGGAGCCUGGCCGGAGGGAGUCCUGCGCAGCGCCGUGCGUCCGGGGUCCCUUGGCCGGCGGCGAGCGGCUCUCCUUCCUUCUCCGCGGUUGCGAGAUCAGACCAGUGCUCCAUCUAGUCUUGUAUCCUGUCUCUGAUGGUGGCAAGUAUUGGAGGCUUCAGGGGAAGGUGUAAACAUCCAAAGUGAACAGUUGUGGAUAUCCUCCCCACAGGCUACCCUGUCUAAAGGAACCAUCAUCCAUGUUAUGCCACUCUCCAGGUUUGCUGGAUGCCUGCACGUAAAAGAGAAAGGUUGAGAUUUGCCAAGACUUGGCAUGACGGUCCUUAGGUCCUGAACCAACAUGGCAGCUGGAGAGUCCCCUCCCACAGGAGGCGUCUUCAUCAACCUGCAGCAGGACAGCGAUAAUGCUGAGGAGGCCUUUCCCCCCGCCGAGGACGAUGAGGAUUUGGAUAAGACCUUGUCAAUCAAGAGGUUUGGGGACCUGAUAAGCAAGUCAGCAUCAAGGGAUCUGGAAGAGCAGAGACGCAACUACAGUGAGAGAGAUUUUGAAUUCCAUCGCCAAACCUCCCACCAUAUCCACCAUCCCCUUUCCACCCACCUGCCUCCUGCCCUCAAGUUCCAGAAGAGGUUCCCCCAUGCCAACCGGAGGAAGAGAAGAAAGAGAAAAAAGAAAAAAACCUCGGUGCCCCCCUCGGACAUCACUCCCACCAUCCAGGAAGUGGAGGAGGAGGAGGGGGACAAGGAGGAGGAGGAGGGGGAUGAGGAGGAGGAAGGAGAGUCGGAGGCAGAAGAGGCCCUGGAGAAAGAGGUCUCACCAGCGUCAGAGACAGAGGCUCAUGAGAAGAGGGACAAUCCUAAGCCUGAGCCCCCUAGCAAACCAAAGUUCACUAUUGGGAGUGACGAUGAAUCCUGCGGUGCCUUGGCCUCUGCACGGUUCCAUGUGGAGAAGGAGUGUGGCAUCAUGUCCCCGAUGCCACACCGCGCUGACCUGCUGCUGGAGACGGGCCCGGCCUCUCUCGGCAGCCUCCCGGAGCCCAGAGAAUGUUCGUCUCGGGGAUGGGACAGGCGCAAGCCCUGGAGCCAGGUGGUGAGCGGGCAGAGGGUGAGUUAUGACCUGAAGGAGCGGAUGUGCAUCGGCAGUAUGACCACUCUGGAGAGUGCAGUGUACCAGCGCGUCCCCACCGAUGAGGCUGAGGCCCAGAUGCUGGCGUCUGCUGACCUGGACGACAUGAAAAGCCACCGCUUUGAAGAUAACCCUGGUGUGAGGCGGCAUCUGGUGAAGAAACCAUCUAGGAACCAGAGCACCAGAACCAGCAGGAAGAUGGUGUCAACCCCGUCUGUCAAGAAGAAGAAGAAGAAGAAGAAGCUGGACAGGCGGCCCCAUGAGGUGUUCGUGGAGCUGAACGAGCUGGUCGUAGAUAAGAACCAGGAGAUGCACUGGAAGGAGACAGCACGCUGGAUCAAGUUUGAGGAGGAUGUGGAGGAGGAAACAGCACGGUGGGGGAAGCCUCAUGUAGCCUCACUAUCCUUCCGCAGCCUACUGGAGCUCAGGAAGACCAUUGCUCACGGUGCAGUGCUGCUGGACCUGGAGCAAACCACCCUUCCUGGCAUCGCUCACCUCGUGGUGGAGACCAUGAUUAUCUCUGACCAAAUCAAAGGGGAGGACAGAGCCAACGUGCUGCGUGCCCUUCUGCUCAAGCACAGCCACCCCAAUGAUGAGAAGGAGGGGUUCUUCCCCCGAAACCACUCCAGCUCCAGUAUGAAUUCGAUAGUGGGGAACCACCAUCACAACCACAACCACACGGCCGACACAUGCAUGCCGCUGAUGGGUGAGGAGCGCAUCGAGAUGCUGGACCCCAGAGCCCAGGACUUGGAGUGCAAAGAGAAAAAUCUGCAUCUGCACAGUUCCGAGGGGCAUCGCGGCAAAUAUCUGAAACUGAUGGAGAAGAUUCCUGAUGAUGCUGAGGCGUCCGUGGUCCUCGUGGGCUGUGUGCAGUUCCUUGAACAGCCCACUAUGGCUUUUGUCCGGCUGAAUGAGGCUGUCUUCCUGGAAUCUGUCCUGGAGGUCCCAAUUCCGGUCAGGUUCAUCUUUGUCCUGCUGGGACCCAGUCAGGCCAACGUCGAUUACCAUGAAAUUGGACGGUCCAUUUCUACCCUGAUGUCUGACAAGCUCUUCCAUGAGGCUGCGUACAUGGCUGACGACCGCCAGGACCUCCUCAAUGCCAUCAACGAAUUCCUGGACUGCAGCAUUGUCAUCCCCCCGUCAGAAGUGGAGGGGAAAGACUUGCUCAGGUCUAUCGCUACCUUCCAGAAAGAGUUACUGAGGAAGAGGAAGGAGAGGGAGCAGAAGAAGUCCACGAAGGAAGGGGUUGUCCAGGAAGCUAAAGAGCUGUGUGAAGUGAAGGCUGAGGAGGAAGAGGAGGGGGAUGCUGAGGACGACCCAUUGAGACGAACCGGCAUUUGUUUUGGAGGUCUGGUUCAGGACAUAAAGCGCAGGUACCCCAAAUAUCUCAGUGACAUCAGAGACGCCUUGCACAGCCAGUGCCUUGCAGCCGUUCUCUUCAUCUACUUUGCUGCUCUCUCUCCUGCCAUCACCUUCGGGGGACUCCUAGGAGAGAAGACAGAGGGUCUCAUGGGGGUCUCGGAGCUGAUCAUCUCCACCUCAGUUCUGGGGAUCCUGUUCUCCCUGCUUGGAGCUCAGCCGCUCCUUGUCAUUGGUUUCUCGGGGCCCCUUCUGGUAUUUGAAGAAGCUUUUUUCAAGUUCUGCCAGAGCCAAGGCAUCGAGUACCUGACGGGCAGAGUGUGGAUUGGCCUGUGGCUCAUUGUCUUCAUCUUCAUCAUUGUGGCAGCUGAAGGCAGCUUCCUGGUGCGAUACAUCUCGCCCUUCACACAGGAGAUCUUUGCCUUCCUCAUCUCCCUCAUCUUCAUCUACGAAACCUUCUAUAAACUGUACAAGGUGUUUGCAGAGCAUCCUUUGCUGAAGUUUUACCCGCCGAGUUUGCAGAGUGGCUUGAAUGCCAGCACGCUCUCUGUUGAUGCCAUGUCUCUGGGAACCAGGAUGCAGCCCAAUACUGCCCUCCUCUCACUUAUCCUCAUGCUGGGCACCUUCUUCAUCGCUUUCUUUAUGCGCAAGUUCAAGAACAGCCGUUUCUUAGGAGGCAAGGCUCGACGGAUCAUUGGAGACUUUGGAAUCCCCAUCUCGAUCCUGGUCAUGGUCUUGGUGGAUUACACCAUCACAGACACGUACACACAGAAGCUGAAUGUUCCCACUGGGCUGUCAGUCACGUCUCCCCAGAAGCGCGGCUGGUUCAUUCACCCCCUGGGCAGCCGACAGGCCUUUCCCAUGUGGAUGAUGUUUGCCUCAGCCAUCCCUGCACUCCUGGUCUUCAUCCUCAUUUUCAUGGAGACCCAGAUCACCACCCUGAUUGUCAGUAAGAAGGAGAGGAAGCUCCUGAAAGGCUCUGGUUUCCAUCUGGACCUGCUGCUCAUCGGUACCAUGGGCGGCCUCUGCGCGCUGUUCGGGCUCCCUUGGCUGACUGCUGCCACCGUGCGCUCGGUCACCCACGUCAAUGCCCUGACCGUCAUGAGCAAGGCCAUCGCUCCGGGGGAGAAGCCGAAGAUCGAGGAGGUGAAGGAGCAGCGUGUGACAGGAGUUGCAAUCGCUGUCCUCGUCGGGUUGUCCAUUGUGAUGGGCAACAUGCUGCGCCGGAUCCCCCUGGCCGUGCUCUUCGGGAUCUUCCUCUACAUGGGGGUCACGUCUCUCACCGGCAUCCAGCUCUACGAGCGUCUCCUCCUCAUCUUCAUGCCAUCCAAGCACCACCCGGAUCACGUCUACGUUGUCAAGGUGAAGACCUGGAGAAUGAACCUCUUCACCUGCAUUCAGCUGGCCUGCAUCGUGGUGCUCUGGGUGGUGAAAUCAACAGUGGCCUCUUUAGCUUUCCCCUUUGUCCUGAUUAUGACGGUGCCCUUACGACGCUUCCUGCUGCCCCGCUUCUUUCAGGACCGGGAGCUCAAAGCCCUGGACUCAGAGGACGCAGAGCCGAACUUUGACGAAGAUGGCCGGGACGAGUACAAUGAGAUGCACAUGCCUGUGUGAGCGGCUCCACCCCCUCCCUGUGGAAAGCUGCUCGUUCCCACGCGUUUUCCCUGGCUAAGGACCAAUCAGAAUGGCUUUGAACUUACUACACGUCAGAUGUUUUCCUGUCUGGACCAAAGAGCAGCUGUGUCGGAACCCUGGAGGAAGGUGGGCAGGGCCGUUCCUGCCCCCACCCGCACAGUGGAAGCGUGAGCCUGUCUCCACCUGGACCCAGCGGGAGACGCUUCUCACAUCCAGAGUCUCUGUAGGGGCCUACACUCCCUUUGGUCAUGGGUCUCCCUCACUGGAGACUGGGGUUGCAUUGGUAUGUGGGUUAGCAAAGAGGGGCCAUGCAGCUGGGAGCCACCACCUCCCAUCCACUCACCUCAGAGCUCUGGUUCCUCCAAAUGCCAGCCCAAGCUCCACGUUCUGUGGAGUCUGAGGGAGGCAUGGGCCCCACACAGAGUCCCAGUCUCGGUGCCCGGCUGGACUCUGCCUGCGCAGGGCAAGACUCGUCUGCUCUGCCGCCCCCAGCUGGGCUGCCCAGCUGCCUUAGCGGGCACACAAGUGGGCUCCUUGCACGACUCCCUGUCAUGGGCUACUUUGCACCUCAGACUGCCCUGCCUGGUUUCUAACAGAGCUCCUGUGCCAUCCUGGGCUGCAGAAUGUCCUAUACAGCGGGGCCAGGAUUAGGGCAACUCAGGAGCCUGUGUCCAGUCUGCCCCAAGCUCUCUGUGUCCCAGCUGCAGGCGGUUUCCCUGUGGAUAGGCAGGGGCUUCCGCUCUUGAGCUUCAAGGAGUUCAAAUCCCAUCCCCCUGCCUGCCCGAGUCCAUUCCUGGUGCCUGCCCUCCCUGCUGAUCGCUCCAAGUUGUAUUUCUGGGGUGGAGGGGUCUGAGGUCAUGGGCAGUCCCACAGUAACCAGCUGUGAUGUGUGUUAAGGAUUGUGAUGUCUACAAGGGAAGGAGUGGCAGGAGGAGGGGCCUCCUAGAGCAGGCAGGGCUGAGAGGGCUUCCAGAGGAAGUGUCUCCCACUGAGCAUGCGGCGGGGUUGUAGCCAUGUCAGUCCCAGGAUAUUAGAGACACAAGGUGCAGGAGGGAACUUUUAUGGGACCAACUUCAGCUGGUGAGAGAGCAGCUUAGGAGCUUACACAGAGCUCUUCUUCUGGUCGAAAGCUCCUUUCUCACCAACAGGGGCAGAUCUAAUAAAAGAUGUUCCCUCCCCUACCUUGUCUCCCACUACAUGGCAUUUUGCCCACAUGGGCUGCAGCCAGCAGCAGGCAUCCACAGCACUGGUGUUGGGGUCACCAGGACACAGAGCCUCCACCACAGUGACUGGGCCACCCAUGCCCUGGUGCCUGGGUUGCUGUGGCUCCCCACCUCUCCUAUUCCCAUACCUGGGCCACCCACAGUGACUGGAGCCAGAGCCCCUGGUACCCAGGCCUGUCCCUGGGCAACCCUGAAUGUCUUCACAUCUGGAAGGCCUGAGGUCUCUCCAGAUAUCAGGGUCUGAAGCCUCAAGUGGGUUACUGCCUGGGCCCUUUAGAGCCCAGCUCUCCCUGCAGCUCUCGCCAGCUCUGCUGAGGAGAUCACCAGCGGUGCUCAUGGCCUGUAGUAGGGUAACCUGGCAGCUGCCAUGGAGCCCGAAGGUCACCAGUACCAAUGCUCGGUGGGGCAGGAGGCCCUGAUGUGACAAAGUCAGAGAAGGCAGGCGCCCCAGCCCCUCCACACAGGCAUCAGAGGAAGGGGGGACUUUGUGGUGCAGGCGCUGGCCUGGGAGUCCGGCCUCCACCAGAACUUCCUGUGGGACCUCAGCAAAUCCACUGACUCUCCCUGCCUCAGUUUCCUAUCUGUGAAAUGGGGCUGAUCCUUCCCUACCUCACGCAUGGGAGUGCUCACUAUGGUGUGGGAGGCUCAGACACUAUGGCCACAGGGCCACAUGGAUACCCAGCCAGGUGGAGGGGAGCCUUCAGAGCCAGGGUCCUGCUCCCGCCAGGCCACAGCCUGGCACAUCAACAGCCCUUGUGAUGCCAGUGAAGCCUCCUGGUUAGGAGAUGUGUGUGUGUGUCUGUCUGUCUGUCUGUCUGUGGCUGCAUGUCCUGUCCCUGUGUAGUGUAGGAGGCCUGCUGUUGCUGCAUCCCUGCCAGCCUGGCUGUGCAUUGUGACUCCUCUACCUGUAGUGGAAACGGCUGCACCAAUAAACCCUUCACAGGAACUGAA